ACCUGUUAUCACGUUGAGAGAGGUUUUCCGGAAUUCAUGCCGUUUACGCCUGGACACGUAAACCACUUAAAUAAAACUGAGAGUAAUCGUUAUCAUAAAUUGUUAUCCAUGUUUCUCUCCCGAAAUCGAAGUUGAAUACGCCACAACUAAGAGAUUAAAGGCAAUACGAAAGUGUUCCAACAAAGACACAGAUUCUCAACAGAAAUGGGGAAGAAGAAGCAACGGAAUUCCCGACCCCAGAUUAUAGACGCCUCAUCUUUAACGAAGAAACUUCGACGUUUCUCCGAAGAUUAUGUGAAGAUUUCUGAAGAAACCAGUACUCGUGCCAGGACGUUGGUCAAAGACUGCAUUGAAGGCCAGAUCAUAUCGUACUGCCGAGACAAUUCCAUGAUUGAAAUACUAAAGCUGGAGUAUACCGGCAGCUUUUACGAGGGUUUAAAGACUGAAGCUGCUGAUGAGGCCGACAUUAUGGUAAUACUGAAAACACCAAGUACAGGGAUCGAAGUCAUCCAAUCCAAAUUUCCCGGGUACGUCCGACUCAGAGCAAGAAAUGCCCAAAUGUUCGAGAAGUAUUUAAGUACAGAAGGCUACAUUAAUGCCAAGAAGCUUCGAAAUAGCUGGUUCCACAGUCUUGUUCACCAAGCAAAGAAUAAGGUUAAACCAAAAUCGCCAUACUCUGAGGUUCGUCUGGAUGUGCGUAGUCACGGACCAGCUGUCCAGGUGGACAUUUUCAGGAAUGGAAUCUCUGAUGAGAAGCUUUUAUCAGUUGAUCUCGUCCCUAGCCUCGAAGUCGAGGGUAGCUGGUAUGUGCCCAAGCCUUUUAAAGGGAAGCGAUAUGUGUCUAAUGAUGAGUUUCUUUGGAGGCAGUCGUUUUCGUUACAGGAGAAGCAAGUACUAGAGUCCAUGGACAGGGAAGACCAAGGCUGUAGGCACGAGCUCCUUCGAAUCGUGAAGACCGUAGUCAAGAGGCCAGUGACAUCUUUACCACUGGAUUCAUACCACUUGAAGACCGCCUUUAUGCACUAUAUCGAAAGGAAAGGCCUGGACUGGAGUAAAGACGCGUUGGGGAGAAAUUUCUUUGGAUUUCUUACAGAAUUACAGAUUUAUAUGGCGAGCAGAAAUCUUCCCCACCGUUGGUUGGAUGAUGUUAACGUUCUGGAUGAUUUCAAGGGAGGGGUUGUCCAGCAGAUGGCGAAUCGUUUAAGAAGGAUCCUAAACAGCGAAGUAAGGCUGAACAAGAUACUCCAAUAGCCUUCAUGACUCUGCCAUGUCUGUCUCUCUCGUACAAUCAAAGCUAUCUAUCAUUUUAUUGAACUUUCGAUUAUCGAUUUUGGAAAUGGCUAAAUUUAAACGCCAGAACAUGUCCCUUGGAGGACAUCAAAUUUUAAGUUUAUUCACCAUAUUAUUUUGUUCCCUAUCACCUUGUAAGGUGGUUUACCGCUCCAACCUAUAUUCAUUUUGUGUUUGGUUACCUGGCAUCUGAACACAACGAAAUUAAUAAAGGGAAAUGUCUUACCGUUAUUAAAAAAUCAUUGAUAGCAAAGCAGAAUUGAAUAGUUUUUCUUUCUAGAGACCAAACGACGGGUAGCUAACAAUUAUUCUUCAAUCUUUGUUCUCAUUUUUUUUUCCUGGUACAAAUUCCACAUUCAUUGGCACGCUUAAGGUGAGAAAAAAAAAAGAUUGGUUAUUUGACGGUAGACAGUUUUCCCCUAGCAUUAAACAAACAAAUGGAAAAUAAACAGACAAAAAAGUGACUUCGUAGUUUAACUUGUGCUGUCGUGCAAGUUGAAUUCAUUUCCGCAAGUGGACCAGCAACUGUCCUAUAUCUAGAGGUAUUAUUUAGUGUUUGUUGAAAUCUGACAUCUUACACGCUCAUUUAUUCUUGGAGACAUUUCUUCAAUCAUAUCUUCUAAAUGAAAGCAAUUGUAUUGUGACUCCCGCAUGGCUCAUCAAAUGCUAUUAUCAUUUUUUUCAUCCGUUCUUUUCUUUUUCAAUUUUGUUUCUAUUCAUUCAUCCAUAUUUGAUAAGGCUAAAUUAAUGAGGUAGCUUUCCAGGUCAUUUGCGGGUUUUUUACAAUGCAAUUCAAGAUUUAAAACGCGCUAUUGGAAAUUUAUCCCUGUGUGGCAUAUCGUUUGCCUUUAAUCCGUCCAACGAGGCGAAAAAGCAUCUGGAUAAAUUUUUUUUCGAGUGCUCUUGUUAGUUAAAUUUCAAAAACAUUACAUUAGCGUGCAAGUACUGGUUUUCCAAAUGAUUUUUCCUUUAAAUAACUUUUAAAGAAAUAUUCCUCGUAAUUAGAUCAAAAUCUUGUUUCGCCUAGUUCAUAUCUACACAAUGCUGUUGUUUUGAAGACGUUCAGUAAUGUUCAACCUAGCUUGCUAAUAAUCAUAUUUUUUUAAAAAAAGCAUCGUAAAGUUUAUGGCGUAAUUUGUUCUGCUUUUGUUUUUCUUUCUUCCUUGUUGGCUUUUUUUUCCCGCUUUUAACGCUAUGUAGGACAAAAGGGUAAGAAUUAGGGUAAUUAGCGUCCACUAGUAAUGUAAAGUGCAUUAAAAAGUGUACGUUUUAAGUAACGUUAAGUAAUUAGUAAUUUCAUAAGUAACGUAACUUAACUAGCUGUAUCGCUAGUAACGCAACGUAAUUAGUAAUAUUAUAAUUAAAAAAUAGCAGUAUUGUAGGUAAGGUAACGUUAUUAGUAGUAUUGCUGUACGUAUAGUAUCGUAGAUUGUAUUAGUAUUGUAUUGUCCGCUUUAUAGAUCCUGUUUCUGUAGUUGGAAUGAAGCUAAGUAAUAAUAA